ACGUGUCUGAACUCAAAACGACAGACAAUUUUCAUCGCACCUUAUCCGCAGAUUAAAAAAAAACUGAAAAAAAUCACAAAAUCGAAAAAAAAAAAAAAGGAAUCGAAAAAAAUAUUGAAGCCCCCGAAGCCACUCAUUCUUGAAACAGAAUGAGAAGAAGACACAGAUAUGAGUUCUGCUUCCCUUUCCUCCGCUCUCCCGCCCACCGCCUCUGCCUCCGCCGGUUCCCGCCGCAAUCCCCACCUCCGGAUUCCCAAAACCCUUUUCACUUUUCACCAUCCUCAUCAUCAUCACCACCCUUUUCUACUCAGAGUUACAAAUGAAACUAGCAGGACUGAAGUGUCUACUACUGAUCCUACCAAUGAGAGAUUGGAAAGCGAUAAGAUUGUUGAUGGGAUGGACUUUGGCGAGCUUUGCAACGAGUUCGAAUGCAUUAGUAGUCCCUUAGUCGAAUCAACGGCAAGACAACUCGUACGUGACAUCCUAGAGCUCCGAGAAGGGAACCGUGCGCUCGGAACAUACGCUGUUUCUGUCAAAUACAAGGAUCCAGUCCGAAGUUUCACUGGCCGUGAGAAGUAUAAGAGACCACUUUGGAUAACCGGUGCUUUAGAAAAUCCAACUGUGAGAGUGCAAGAAAUGGUGAUGCUAUCGACGAGCGUACUUAACAUCAAAUGGACAAUACAAGGAAAACCGAAGUCUUUCGUUGCUGGCAUAGGCGGUGAUUUGAUAAUUAGAGUUAAUUCGCAGUUCACUUUGAAUCAAAUUAGUGGGCAGGUGAUUGAACAUGAAGAGCUGUGGGAUUUAUCAUCUUCAUCGAUCAUUGCUCAGGCAUUUUUUUGGACAUCCCGUCGUCUCUUUGCCACCGUCGAAGCGGCAAAGGACUUAGCUGAUGGAGCCAAAGACUUGUCGACUCGUUUUUCAACUAAGCAAGAGAACACGGAGGUUUACCCGGACCCUUCCGGUGACCCAACUAAGUUCUUUCAAAGGGACGAUGGAUUCCAAAGAGAUGUAUACCAAAUUGCAUUGUUUCUGGCAGUCCUCUACUUUGUUGUACAGUUUCUAAGGACAACCCUUUAAUACCCAAACUAAUUUCUUCAUUAUAUAUAUUUUCAUACUUCUACUUAUAAUUAUUGUAAAUUUGUAAUUUUAUACACCAAUACUCAGAAUUUUUAUUUCUUUUUUUUAAAUGUAUAUUCGGAAAAACCCUUAUAAAAAAAUGUAAGCAUAUUCUUAGUA